AUGUCUGGCCCAAACGCCUACGGCACCCCGGUGUCCGACACAGCCUUCCGCAAAACAUGGGACCGAGAAGAAUACACGAAAAAAGCAGCGGACGAAGAAGCCAAGCGCAAAGCCGAAGGCAAAGCACGAUACGAAGCCAAGCUCCUAGGCAAGAAAUACCAUGCUCCGGUCGAUCUCAGCACGCUUGAAGCGACAACAGCGCGAAACCAGCGACUGGACGUGGCCUCGAUGGUGGGCAAGACGACAAUUGUCCCAGCCGGCGCGUCAAUGGGCAAGCGCGGAGCCGGCGCUGGAUUCUACUGCAAGGACUGCGAUCUUACCUUCAAGGAUAAUCUGCAGCUUGUCGAGCAUUUGAAUAGCAAGCAGCAUUUGAUUGCGACGGGACAAAGUGGGGAGGUUAAGCGGGCUACAGUUGAAGAGGUGCGGAUGCGGUUGCGGGCGUUGGCGCAUCGGAAGAGAGUUCGGGAUGAAGAGGAGCGUAAGGCUUGGCAGCUUGAUCUUGGGGCUCGGUUGAAGGAGCGGGAGGAGCAGGAUGCGAAGGAGAGGGAGGAGAAGAGGCGCAAGCGGAAUGAGAAGCGGCGGAAGGUUAAGCAAGAGGAUGAUAGCUGGGAGGGACGGUUGGGCAUUAUUUCUUGA